AUGCUCGAGGGCACUGCCGGCACAAUGCUGAUGGGAACCCGGCACGUCAUGGGCAGCGUAGGGCAGCGAGUGCCCCUACGGGAUCGCCCAGCGCACGACAACGGGCUCGGUUCGCCGAUGCACCAUUGUCGUGCCCCGGGUCCGCUCCGAGAAGGAGCAGCGGGCAUCGGUGGGGGGACCCAGGGCCGACUGCCCGGAUCCGGAGGAGCCCUGCGCUGGGCUAGCCACCGGAAGGCGGCCUAG